AUAUUUUGUCGUAAUAGUCGCUGUUUCUAUGGUUACUAAAUCCCAAACAAUAACUAAGCGCACAUUGUAACGUAGUGACUAUAUACUCUUUGGUGCACUUUAUUUUUAUGUCACUAAAUGAUUUCAAUGUUAUUAUUCAAUAUUGUUAUCAAAUGAAUAUCAAUUCACUUUAGUUUAUUUAUAGCACAUAAUAAGUAUCGUCAGUACUUGUGUUAGAUUUGAUUUAUUUGUGAUGAAGCACAAAACACUUACGUGUUAAAUGAUGAUUCGCUUGAAAGACUUUAUUAUAUCAACAGUGGAACGCAGUUUCAACCACACAGAUUUAAAGUUACACGUUCAACACGAAUAUGUAUUAUCUGAUUUUUUAAACAAUUCUCAAUCACUCUUGAUUCAAGGUUUCAUUGCUGAUAAUGAAUUACAUUUGUAUAAUGAAAUACAAAAAAAUGAAAUAAAAUCUGUAAUAUUUUAUAAAACAUCGGCUAUAGCACUCACACACGAUGAUUUCGUAAAAGACGUAAAUAUUAUAACUUUAUCAAGUAAUGCACCUGAAUCAUUAUAUCAGAUUUUAAGGACUGUCUAUACUCCUUUGCUUGUUAAGGAUGACGACGUGCAUUCUAAUAAACUACAAAAACAUCUGUCUGAUUUGGAGUCGGUUUUAAAAUUGUUGUCUUAUGGUAAAGGACCCAACAACACGAAUGUGAUAUUAACCAUUGAAGAUGAAUUGGAGUAUUGGAAAACAUUGGGCGACAGAAAAGAUGUUUCUAAAAAAGAAAGAGAAUCCGCACACGCCUUUUCAGAAUUAUUUGAAGAUAUUUGUCAAGAACUCAGAACAAUGCAGUCCAGCGUCAUGCCUGAAGUACGAGAGUCGGUUGAAAACAUUGGAGGAAUAUUGGACGAUGUUUGGCGUACCACUACGUUUCCUUUUUCACAAGAUAGAAUGAUAAACGUAUUCGAUAUCAUUGGUUAUACGAUAUGUUCAUUGAUACAAAAAAAUUGCACAUCUAUCAAUCUGUGGGAAGUAAACGAGUCUAAGGAAUACCAGAUAUUGACGCUAUUAUCCGACAGUUUGAAUGCUAUACUAACAUGGACCAGCGCUUGUAAAUCCCUUACGGAAACGUACUGGCCGAAUUACGCACUCCACCCUUGGAAUGGAAAACCUUAUGUGCCCACAUCGUGUAUAAAUUUUCAAUCUCGGCUGAAAGAAAUAAAAGAUAUCAGAUCAACCCAUAGCCAGUUGAAUAAAUUGCUUACACAUAAUGAGCAAAUGGAAUUACAAACACAUUUAUUAUUUCAACCUUUCCAAAAUGUUAAUAUAUGGAUGUGUAGCGGAACAAAUUCUGCAUGGGAUGCUGCGGUCGCCAGAUUUUCAACAGACUUACGUCCAGCAGAAAUGAAGAUCGCUGAAAAAUUAAAACCCAGACUUCAUAAUACGUCUACUAAACAGAUGCUAUAUGAAUUUAUGCGAUACCAAGCAUUAAUAGAAAGGCCCCUCGUGAAGCAGACGUUAAGUAACGAGUUGGAGAUAUUUGUGUCUUCUCUCAUAGCCAUGUUAAAGGACGUCCAAAAACAAUUGGAUGCAGACGAAAUGGAUGUUAAAAUGUAUCAACCACCAGAAAUGUCACCUGUCGUAUACCAGGUGCAAUGGGCUAAGCAGAUGGAAGCGAAAGUGAAGGAAAUUCAUACAUGUGCUGAUAAAUAUCUUAAAGAAUUUGAAAAUAAUGCUGAGCUUCUGUCACUCGCUUCGAAGUUAUUGAAGGAUUUGAAAACAAUGUAUACCCAACUUCACGAAGAGUGGUCUAGAGAUUUACAGGUUCAAUCCAAGAACGGGUUGCUCCAACUUGCGCUGGACAAGCCCGUGGUAGAGUUUAGCGGCGUGAGCAAGAUGAUGGUGGUGAACUUCAACCCGCGCCUCGUGUGGGUGGAACUGGAGUGUCGCGCGAUGACGUCACUGGGUCUACCACCGCCGCCGGCAACCGCCGUUUUUGACUCACUUACCUCAGCUUUGACGUAUGCCCGCGCUUUACAGCAGGUAGCGUCAUUCCACAACACGCUAGGGGAACGCAUGAUUCCGUCAACACGUCCAAUGAUGCUGCAAGCUGCGCUCGAUCUGUCUUCAUUGGUGCAAGAUCAGAAAGCCGUGUAUUGGGACGAUAUAGAGCAAUUGGCUAACUAUACAGACAAGUUGAAGAAAGCUGUGUUGAAGUUAGAGAGUCAAAACACUUAUCUUACAAAUCAACACGUGGCCAUCAGAACAAUUGUAAAAAAACUCGUGGAUACUGAUCUUCUGGCCAAACAGUCUGAUUGGAAGCGAGCCGUCAAAGAUAUUCGCAAUGUUAUAGAGACGGUGGAAAGAAAUGGCUAUAAAAAUACAGAACCUUGGAGACUGCAUUGGGACUGGCAACUAUACAAAGCUUUGGAAUGUCAAUACAUAAAGACGCUGCUGUCAUUGCAUAAUCAUUUUCCGCACGUUAAAGUCGAUUUAGUACUACGUGGACACAUGGUGCAAGUGCAACCACCGAUGGAAGAGAUCCGCGUUCAACAUUACAAUCAGUUGAGGCGUCUCGUGUCGCUGCCUGCGCAGUUCGUCGGCGUGCAAAAUAACAUCACAGAGAGUCAAAGCAUAUUCGCGGCUAUUGUUGAUAAACACAGUUGGCUGGGUAACACGGCGGUGGGUCGGCUGGAGGCGGUGCUGUCGGGCGUGGAGUCGGUGCGCGGCGCGUGGGCGGUGCGCGCGGCGCUGGCGUGCGCGGCGGACCUGCGCGCGCUGUGCGCCGAGCUGCGCGCCGCGCACCACUGGGAGCACAACUUCAGGGCCUGCAAGGCGUACGGACAGGCCGUCGCUAAGAUGACCUUUGACGACGAGAAGGUAGAGUGGAUAUCAAUAGGCACGGCUACUCUACGUCGUGAGUUCGAAGCUCAGACACGCUCGCUGUGGUCUUGUCUCAUGUCGUCUCUCCAAACCAGCUGUCGCAAUGACGCGGCGACCCUGGAAGCAUUUAUAGGCAACGCCAUGGUCAUGUUGGAGAACAAAUUGCUGCCUAAAAAUGCAAAGGAGCUGUCGGAGAUAAGUGCUAAACAACAUGCUCUCCAAGAAAAACUGCCUGAGAUGGAGAAAUUAGUGGAAGAUCUAAAGAAAAAAGGUCACUUGUUGCGGACGUGGGGCGGCGACACGUCCGUCGACAGGACAAUAAAGGAAUGGCAAAAAAUACGGGAACUCAUGCGCAGUCAGCAACAACUGUUCGAGCAUCAGGCAGAGAUAGUGAAAUCGAGCCUGAGCGCCGACUGGGACAAUCUGAACAGCAGCGCGGAGGCAUGGCUCGAGCGCUGGGCGCACACAAAGAGCCGCCACGAGGACGCGCGCGGCGCGCACUACCGCGACGUGCUCGACAGAUGUCGCGACGUGUUCCGCGCCGUCGCGCACUGGGAGGGCUUCGUCGCUGAUAAAGACGGCUUGUUAAAAGAAUUUGCGAAGUUUAAUAUGCAGGUGGAAAUACCAGCGAUAUGGAAACAGGGUGAAAACCUCAUGAAGGAAUGUAUCGAUCUAUGGACCGUAUUCAAAGAGUAUAAUGAAGAAUUCGAGGCCAUGUCCCAACAACUGUGGGUGGUGUUCCAGAAGAAACUUCACAGCCUCGAAGAGUUUACAUCGAAGUGGAAAAGCCGUUUGGAACCAUACACUUCAGUCACUUUGCUAAUACAGCAAGAACUAGAUAAAUAUUCUGACCUAACACCGUUACUAAAAUACCUGCGAGGCACAGAUUUCUCGGAGCGAAACUGGCUAGAAGUGUUCAGUCUUCUGGAAAUGGAGUACAAAAAGCCAGACACAUUGCAGCUGAAUGAUCUGCUCAUUGUUGCGCCGAAUAUUAAAAAACACAUCAAAGCUUUACAAAAAAUAUGCACAAUGGCCUCGAACGAGUCCGCCAUACGCAACGCUCUCAACGAGCUUGAGAUUUGGUUUGCCGGCGCGCGCUUUGCCAUUGUGUACUACAACGACAAGUCUAAGCGGCCGACGCCUAUUGUCAAGGAUUUCAAGGAUAUUCUCACUAAGAUCUCAGAGCAGCAGUGGGUGGUAUCAUCGCUAAGUGGCGGCGGCGGCGGCGGCGGCGCGGACGCGUGCGCGGCGUGGGAGGGGCGGCUGCGGAGCGCGCGCACGCUGCUGCGCGCCACGCACCGCGCGCAACGCAGAUGGUUGUACCUAGAGCCGAUACUUUCAAAUGAUGAUGGCGAGUUAGGUAUUAAGUUCAGGAAAGUAGACCAGAACUUUAGACAGGUGACACGCAUUUUGGAAUCAGAUCCGAGAUUGUCCGCAGUGUUACAGUCUUCUCGUCUUCAACCUAUGCUCGACUCUAUAUUGGAACAGUUAACGACGUGUCAAUCGGCUCUCAACCAAUAUAUUGAUGAUAAACGUACAAUAUUCCCUAGGCUGUACUUUUUAAGCGACGACGAUUUACUAGAAUUGCUCGGCCAAGCUCGCGCCGGUGCUGAAGGCAGAGAGGCGGUUAUGCAGACCCACCUUCAAAAACUAUUCCCAGGAACCAUUGGAGUACGACUAGGCCCCGGUGACAUGUCUAUUACUGCCCUUCGUAGUAACUACGGAGAAAUAUUACAACUUGAUCAUCCAGUCGAUAUUGAUUGUCCGGUCGAGGUCUGGCUCAAAAACCUUGAAACAGAGAUGCGUUCGUCGCUAAAGAACAUAGCAUUGAAGUGUGUUGUGACACUCCAAGAACAGGAUCCUUUUUCACUACCGACUCAAAUACUUUGUCUCGCGCAAAACAUACGUUUCACAGAGCGUGCAGAAAGGGCCAUAAAUUCUAAAGAACUUCAUAGACUGAAAGCCGAUGUUGAAAGAGAGCAAUCGCAUUAUGCGGCGACCGAAGUGGAAGACGAAAGCGAACAGCACAAAAGACAGGCGCUCAUAUUACAGUGCGCUCAUUACUCGAUCGUUAUAAGAAAUUUAAUAAACAACAAUGUUAGCACUGUAAAUGACUGGCUCUGGCAAAAACAACUCAGAUUCUAUCUAUUAGGCAAUAAAGAUAUAGUAGCUAGAAUGGGCCUAGCUCAAAUUUCGUACUCGUACGAAUAUUUAGGCGUCAAUACGGGCCAAUUUGUGCGCACUGAAUUAGCUGACGAUUGUUUUCUUAUUUUAACACAGUCGUUACAUCUUGGCUUCGUUGGUAAUCCAUUUGGUCCAGCUGGAACGGGGAAGACCGAGUCAGUCAAAGCUUUGGGAGGCCUAUUUGGACGUCUAGUAUUAAUUUUUAACUGUGAUGAAGCAAUGGAUGCGCAAUGCAUGGGUCGCUUGUUGACUGGACUAGCACUUUGUGGAGCAUGGGGUUGUUUCGACGAAUUCAACCGACUCACGGCGGACACUCUGGCCACUGUGUCACACCAGUUCGCUUCCUUACUAGCAGCGAUGCAACAACGCAAGACUGCUACAGAAAAUAUGGCGUCGCUAAAUGGGAAACAGGUGAAAGUGUCGGAGUGGUGCGGUGUGGCUGCCACCCUGAACCCGGCAGGGCGCGGAUACGGUGGACGACGAGCGCUGCCGGAAGCGCUGGCGCGGCUGUUGCGGCCCGUCGCGAUGCUCGCGCCGCGCGCCGACACACUGGCCGAGCAUUUGCUGGCCGCGCGCUGCGUACCGCAACCGCACCGGCUAGCUAAGGACUUGCAUAGCGUGUUUGAUUUAGCCAGCAUGUUGGUAAGUGGUGCCCGGCACUACGACUGGGGCCUGCGAGCUCUGAAGGCAGCCGUGGGCAGUUGCGCAUCUGCUUUCUCACGAGCUACGGAUCGCAGCGAGCACGCGGCAAGAGCACUCGCACGGCGUGUCCUGGCUCUUAACAACCUGUCAAAACUCACCGCGGCUGAUGCUGAAAGAUUUCAAAGAAUUCUUUCUUUGGUAUUUCCUGAUGUGUCAACUGAACAGUCAACAGUGGAUCCUAUGGAAUCUGCUUUAGAAGCUAGUAUUGAACAACUAAAGCUUGUUCAUAACAAACUGCAGAUACAGAAAUGUCUGGAGCUGUAUGAGCAGUUACAACAGCGGAUGGGUGUCGUGGUCGUCGGCCCGCCCGGCUCCGGCAAGACCACCAUAAGGCGGAUGUUGAAGAAUGCUCUAGUACAACAAGGCAAGAAUAUAGUGGAGUACAUCAUAUGCCCUAAAGCAAUGAGUCGCGAGUGGUUGUUGGGCAGCAUCGACCACGACACGCGCCAGUGGACCGAUGGCGUCAUAUCUGCUACGGCUUUAGAGAUAUCCAACCAGGCUGCAGAUAUAUGGUCGUGGGUGGUGUGCGACGGAGACAUCGACCCCGAGUGGAUAGAGGCGCUGAACUCUGUGCUGGACGACAACCGGCUGCUGACGCUGCCGUCGGGCUGGCGCAUACAGUUCGGCUCCAACGUCAACUUCCUCUUCGAGACGCAUUCUCUGGAACACGCUUCGCCAGCCACUGUCUCUCGUAUGGGCAUCAUACUUUUGAGCGACGAUGUUUCAUGCGAUAUUGAAGUAUUGGAAAAUUGGACUAGAAAUGCAGAAUACGAAAAUGACACAAUCAGAGCCGCAGUACCAAUAUUGAACAAAACUACAAAAGAUUGCCUCCAGUGGCUCUCUACGCAUAAGUCUGAUGUUCUACUGAAAACGUACAAUAUAUCCAUUGUUCAACAAAUUCUGACGCAAUUUGAGUACAUUGUGCAGAACAUUGGAAUGAAUGUAACGCGUAUAGUGCCCGAGGAAUUAGUGUACCUGGCGAUAGAAAGAAGUGUGCUCGGUAUUAUAAAGGAAAAUGCUGCAGACAAUUUCCGCCUUGAGAUGAGUUCGUGGCUGGGCCCGGCGCCCGCGGCCGCGGCGUCGGAGCCCGAGUGGGUGUCGGAGCGGCUGUUCGUGUCGGCGCGGCUGGCGGCGCGCGCGCCCGCACUGCGCGCCUGCCUCGCCGCCGCGCGCCACGUGCUCGUGCUCGGACCUGACGCCAGCGCCAAGAACAUGCUGGCGGAAUAUAUACUCAAAGACAGCAACUCAACCGUCAUCACUAUCGACUGCACGCCUAUUCUAGAGCCGGCGGAUAUAAUCGCUGAAUUAAAGAGGAACAACAUGGUGCGGUCUGGUAGCUCGGCUGGCGCGUGUGGUGGUGGGGACGCGGGUGGUGCGGGUGGUGCGGGUGGUGCGGGUGGUGCAGGCGGUGCGGCUCGCGGCACGCUGGUGGUGCGCGCGCUGCACCGCGCCGGUGUCGACGCGUGGGGCUGCAGCGCGGUGCACUCCUUCUUACUGCAGCUGGUGCAGCACGGCGGGUUCUGGGCGCGCGGCGGCGAGGAGGAGGGCGGCGGCAUGCAGUGGUGGCACGCGGCGCGCCUGCGCGUGCUCGCCGCCGGCGCGCCGCUCGCCUCCACCGCGCCGCGCCUCGUCUGCGCCAUGCUGCAACUCGUCUUCUUGGAACCCGAAGACGAAGAAAUUUCACAAUUGUGUACGCAUUAUUUAAAACAAAAUGUACCCACUACUAUCACAAUGCAAGAUGUUACCAGUCUUGCCGCCAAAAUUCUGGCGAUGUUUAAAGAGGUGACAGAAACGUUUAAUUCCCGGCCCCAUUACAAGUGGAACGCAUCGCACUUGAGGAGUUGGUGCGAGAAUAUAAAACUAUAUUCGCCAAACGACCUGGAACUACUUAUUACGGCAAUAAGCGUCGAAGCUAACUUCAUAUUCAGAGAUAGAUUAGUAACUGACGAGGACAAAGCGCUUUUCAAUACGAUAAGCAGAAAGCAUCUGAAACGCGACAGUGACUCUGUGUACCUCGCGUGUAGAGCGCGGGGUGAUGGCGUGCUUUUAGAAAUUAUAGAACGCAAGGAUUGGUACGAGAGUACACAGAAACUUAUUAACCAAUGCUUAUCAGAAUAUGAGUACAGUAUUUUCGGAGACACUGGGGCCGAAGCGUGUUCCGAAUUGGCUGUUUUGUUACCUGCAGUAGCUAGAGCGAGCAUGGGCGGCGCGGUGGUGUGCGUGGGUCGCGCAGGCGCGGGGCGGCGCGCGGCCGCCGCGCUCGCCGGCGUCGCGCUGCCCGCCGCCGUGCACUACGUCGAGCACGCCGACCAGUUCAACGCGCAGUACAAGAACGCUCUAUCAGUGGCCGGGGAGGGCGGGCGCGCGUUGGUGUGCGUGAGCGCGGCGGCGAGCUCGCGCGCAUGCGUGGCGCGCGCCGAGGCGGCAUGGCGCGCUGCUCAUGUCCACGCAUUACCCGCGCCGCUUGGCCUCGCGCUGCCACACCACAAGCCCUUCAGCGAAAUAAAGCAGAACCUGGGCAUGAUCAUCUGCCUUGACGAGGGCACCGACGAUCCAUCGGAGCUACUGGAAGAGUUUCCAGUAUUGCGUGACCGCGCGCACCUGGUCUGGCUGAACUGGUGGAGCCAAACAACGCUGCAGGAGAUACCACCACUCAUCAUCGAUAGGUACCCAGCAGCAUCUACAAGUGAUACGCACUUUAUACGCACACCCUUGCACUUGUAAUGAAAAGAUUGACAAAAGAAAAAGUGACAGACAUGACAUCAGAGCAACUUGGCGACAUACCAGUCGAUGGAUUCGUGAAGAUUUACAACAGCCUCGACGUGGAGUGGAGGCGUGCCCCGUGCCGCUACGUUAACUUUAUCAAGACGUACUACUACAUCUUGAGCAACAAGAAAUCCACGCUCACGCAGAGACAAGCUAUGCUCACGGCCGGCGUGGAAGCAUUAAGACGCGCUCGAACUGAAGUAGCCAAGCUGCAAGAGGAAGCGGCAGAACAAGAAACAACGCUCUCUGAAAAACAGGCGCAAGCGAAUCAAGCGUUAGAUCA